AUGAGGGUACAUUUCUUCAGAAGGUUAGUGAAGCUCCUCACUCUCACGGUUGUAGUUGUGAUUCUUCCGACUGCUUUCGUUUUAGUUGCGAAGAAUGUAUCAGUUAAGCAACUUUCUAAAGCAAGUCUACCUGUGCAAGAGGACAGACUCCUGUCCCCUGAAACAUACACAUAUAUCUUCAAUGAGCCUGACGCCUGUAAGACGAGAAACCCCUUCCUGGUCUUCAUGGUCCCAGUGUCCCCUCAGGAUUUUUCAGCAAGGGAAGCCAUAAGAAAAACAUGGGGUUCCGCAGAAGAGAAUACAAUAACACUGUUUUACAUGGGAGUGCCUGAGGGGGGGCCGGUGAGGACCAUCCAGGAUAUGCUUGACCAAGAGAAGAGGAAAUAUUCAGACGUCAUCCAGAUGAACUUUGUGGACAGUUACAAGAAUCUCACAAUCAAAACCAUGAUGAUAAUGAACUGGCUGGCAAUCAACUGCGCAAAUGCCUCCUAUGCCAUGAAGGUGGAUGCUGAUAUAUUUGUCAACGUAUUCUACCUCAUGAAAUUGCUGAGCAGCUCUCCAAGGAAUGGUUACAUUACAGGAUCAGUAAUAACUAACGGCAAGCCCAGGCGAAACCACAAUAGCAAAUGGCACCUAUCGGAGCACCUGUACUCUGAGAACAGCUUCCCUCCUUAUGUUUCAGGUGCUGGCUAUGUCUUCUCGAUCGACUUGGCCUCCAAGCUGUCAUGGGCUUCCAGGUUCGUCCUGAGGAUCCCUCUUGAGGACGUCUACGUGGGAUUAUGUCUGAAUGUGCUUGGAAUACGACCUGUAUUUUCAAGAAUAUGGCUGGAAUUCAGGAACCUCUUUGAAAUUGGCAAUCUAGUGUACGACAGGUGCACUUUUGCUAAACUUGUUCUAGUCAACGGCUUUUCGCCUUCCCGAUUGCGAGAAGUUUGGAGGGAUUUUUCACAGGGUUAUAAAAGAUGCUGGAUGUGAAUGAAGGGCUUCAGAGUCGGAUCUCUUUCAGAGUUUGAAACAACAGUUUAGAAGUGUGUGUAUUGGUUGAGAUGUGUAUUGCCACUGUCAAAAACACCAUAUUUAUUUACAUUAGAGGUUUUAUUGACAAUGGCAAUACAACAACAAAUGGUAUGCUGAUCAUUUUAAACCAAUGUCCUGCUGAUCUAUCUCUUGUCUAAAAAUCCCAUCCGAAGUGAUAAUGUUUGCACAGUCAGUUGGUGAAUUAGAAACCCAAUUUCAAUGAGCAAGCUUAGAAGUAAUACUACUGUGUUUGUAAUCCUCAUAUCGCCAAACUGGUAGCUGCAAAUUUUAAGGGUUGAAAUCUUCGGUGUUGUGAAAAAUACAAACGUUUGUUGAAUGUGACUAUUUCCUGGUGAUAGAUGUAUGUCGUUUGUGGACCCUAACCCUAUGUUUUUCAUAAAUUUACUAAUUAAUUAUACUAAGGGGGCUGCUCUAGUUUCAGCAUAAAUGCCGAAGUGUCUGUGUUUGAUUUGCACCUUUUAGUGUCUUGAUCAAAAGUGCUGGAAAAUUCAUCUAGAAAACUGUCACGAUUCUAUGUAUCUUUCUUGAGUACAAGCUGAUUUUUGUUCCACAUAUUUUAAGUCAAAGGUUGGACGAAGUCACCUAUAACUAACAUUAUAUGACACACUGCAUUCCUCUAUGGGAAAUGAAAAAGACAAUCACUUUAUUUAAACUAUUUUAACUUGACCAAAAAAAAAAUGCUGUUUUACAGAUAUCUUUGCCUUUUUAUUAUUAGUGUUGCAUAUAUUGUCCUGUUGUUUCAGUCUGUGGGCAGUAGGUGGAAGUAUGGACCAGGAGAUGUGUUUUUUCGUCAGCUACUGGUAAUAAUGACCUUUGGUGUGCAAGAAACAAGACAUUUCUCUGAUGCCUUUUAAAUUCUGCUUUUUUUUUCUUGCUGCUGACUGUAUGUACUGAUGAACCUUAUUUUAGGAAGAGUAGAAACACUCAUGGCACUCAAUCUAACAAGAUAGACAGGGAAGUUCCUCAAAAGAUGCCUGGAGUGAAAGGGGAUGAUUUAAGAAAAAUGUCUGAUGCCUUUAUAUUUGCUUGUUUUUCUUGCUGCUGACAGUGGUACAUACCAAAUUCAUUACGUUGCUGUAUAUAAAAAUAGAUUGAUGGAAGGAUAUACUUGAUUAAACCCUUUGUCAAUUCGUCCAUUCCAGGGUGUACCGCACUUCAUGCCCAAAGUCUGAGCUGGGCGCCAGCUCACUUCUGACCCGAUUGAGGAUAAGUGGUAUCUAAAAUAGGUGGAUGAAUGAGCACAGUUACUGAUUGUUUCCAGCAUAUUUGUUGUCUUUGAGUUAAUGUGUGUAUUUGGUGCAUUUUCCAUCUCUUUUAUGUUAUACAUAGGGAUUGCAAAGUAACUCCCUGUUUUAAAAUGUUUAUUGACGUUGCGAUAUGUGUGUGUGUCUGUGUGUGUGUGUGUGUGUUUCAGAAUGUAUGUGAAGUUUAUUUUACAUUACCAUUAAUUUAGAAGAACUUUUAAGGGCAAAUGUUUGGAAGUGUUCCAUCCCACACAAAUUCCUUGUGAAAUAAGGUAAUGCAGCUUGAGAAGCUGGUGGCUAAUGUUGGUGCCCAUAUUGAAUUUGAAAUAAAACUCCAUGCAAUAACUUUCUUCUCAUGUUCAUUUAUUGUACGAAUUAUGGUUAAAAAAUAAAUUACAAGUACCUAAAAAUAGGGAGAUACAUUUCAAUCAUCCUAUGUAUAUACACAGCGAAUACACAUUACACCUGCUGUUUCUACUGCUUAUCGAUUGUGUGACGAUGUAGUUUUAUCUUUCAUUGUACUUAUGAUGUGUCUAUCUGUAAAAUAAAUUGAAAAAAUAAAACAUGAAUGAACAAAAACAUGAGUUAGUCAAAGGUCCAAGUAACUCAUCUAAGCCUGGUCCUUAAAGGAAUGAAUGCCCAAUGCAGUACGUUGGAACUGUAAGCAUUAGCGUAAUUUACGUUUACAUUUCAUUGCUUUCCAAGGGUACAAAAAUGAUGCACCACAAUUUAUGCAAUGUUACUCUUCAUCACAAGAGUGUAACCAGGAAGGAAGUGUGCUUUUUGGAAAAGUAAUUUAUGAGUACCACAAAUAAAACACAAAAUCAAGCCAAACCUGGCAUAUAUUGAUCACUUGAAUAAAUAUCUGCACAAACUAGUAAGCAAAUUCUGUGUUUGAAUGCACUUUGAAAGCACAAUUUGAGCGCAUUAUCCCUAUUCACUUGCUGAAAAGACGCUCAGCUAUCAGAGGUUUAUGGAAGAGCUAACUGACAAUGUGGUUAACCAAAGACAUACCAGUCAUUGGCGAUUUCAUCUGUUUACAUAGUACAUUGAAAUAGGUCAGCAUAAUGAUAGUAAAAAAAAAAAGUGCCAUUUAGGGUAAAAUCUUAAUAGGCAGAUAUGUACACUGUAGCAAACCAAGGUCAGAUUAUUUUCACAUUACUGCUCUAGUGUGUACUUGAAACCAUGUCAAGACAUCUCUUUCACAGGGCUGGACUGGGAGAGAAAAUCGACCCUGGAAUUUGUAGCUCAGACCGGCCCCUCCUAAUUAGCAAAACAACUGACACAUCAUUUCUGUACGUGUUCCCUGAAAAAAGAAGUAUUUUAUUUUUAUACCAAACUAAAAUUAAUUAUUUUGGUGAGGUCUUUAUAGGCCUGUUAUGUACUGGGGUGUGCAUACCUAUUUUGGUCUGGUUCUCGAAAGACCACCAGAGGUUGUUCAUUGGGCAAAUUUUUUCACAUCACAUAACCUCACUGGAUGAACUUGCAGACUUACAGUAGCAGCGUAACAAGAGUUUCCAAAAUGGUAGUCUGUUAAAAUUCCAAGUCUUGCUGGAAUGGCCACUUCAAUUUGAAGAGUUGAACAGUUUUCUGAAUUGUACCUUUUAAAGUAUCAACUAGCUAGUAGUGUAGCUGGAGCACAGCAUGUUUCAAUGUGUGACAAUAAAAGGACAAGGUAGACAAGAGAGAGGGGGAAUUAUGCUCUGAUGCAAGGGACUUGAGAGGCAAAAGGGGGAGAAAAAUGAAGGGAAACAGACAAUUAUUUUAGGCAAUUCUUUUCUUCCAGAUAGGGAAUAAGCAAACUAAUCAUGCGGCACAGCUUGAUAGGCAUCAGGUGCAGGUGGAGAUGGGCCUGGCUCAAGUUGGAGGCCAAAACAUAAAAGCAAACAAAUGAGGCAAAUUUGUUUUGAUCUUAAAUUUGAGUGUAAAUACAUGUGUUUUUGCAUGUAGAAAAUGUUUUAUUGUUUUAUAGUGUUCUUUGGAAUCUUCCAGAUUGCUUAAUUUAUGUGAAAAAAUGGCUGUCCACGAACAUUCACCAUCAAACCUGACAGAACUGUAAAUGUCUCCAAAUUCAUAUGCAUAUCUAUUUUACAAGCCGCUUAUCCUCACAAGGGUCAUGGGAGCGCUGGAGCCUAUCCCAAAUCCAGAUGUGAAAAACUUGUAUA